UCUAUUCAGAUUGUUAUGACCCGAACUAUAUGAUAUAUUUAUCAGUGUAUAGAAAAGCACUGUAGCGUUUGGCGAAAUUAUGCGCUUUAUGAGCUAAGAAUAAGAAUUUAAAACAAAGCAUGCUACAUAGUAAGAUAAUUUGCUUUUCAAAGUAUUUUGACUAACUUCUAUCUUUUCAUGACGUAGAUUUCCGUCAUACCUGAUCCUGUAACAGCUCAAAAAGAUAAGACAAGUAAAGCGGAUAAGGUAUUACAGUUAUCCAAAGAAGAUAAGGCAUACAAGUUGGAAGUUGAUAACAGAGAGAAACAAUCAAAAACGAGGAAAGAGUUACAUAAUAAAGUAGAAAAGAAAAGGAUGUCUUUCAUCAACGAAAAAAUAAAAGAGCUUGGAGACCUUCUCCCAGAAAAUGCAAAACGACGAUCCUGUCAGACGAAAGGUCUAAUUCUGCAGAAGUCUGUGGAAUAUCUAAAAAUACUCCGGAAAGACAAGGAUAUAAUUCAGCCUCUUCUUCUAAAAAUUCAGAAACUCGAUGCUGAAAUGGUGACAUUAUCAGAAAAGAUACAACAAUUGGAUAAUCAGAUGCAGAUACAAGAAACUGGAUUUCUUGAUUAUGCAAAAGUAUCUCACGCCGCAAGCCCUUAUCACCUCUACGACCAACCUUGAACGACAAUGUCGACAACAAUGACACGGUGUGGCUUUUUGAAUUAAAUAAAAAAUAUAUUCGGAAGAAUUGGUGUUAUAGAACAAUGUGCUCUGAUGAUAUGUGCUUUUUAUGUUAUUUUCAGCUGGGAACUGUGAUAGCAAUACUUAUAAACUAUUUCCUUGUAAACUCAUUUAAACUGGAAACAUCUGUGAUACAUAAUUGAUUAAAAAAUCAUUACAAUGUUAUGCAAAACCCAAUACAUUUUCAUUCUCUAUAGUUUUUAAAUAUCUCAUAUGGUUGUUUAAUAUACGCAUUAGUCUAGUAAUAAGCGCUAAUGAAAUUGAACCCUGCAAUGUCUUUGUAAAUAAA